UAUAAACCCAAAUUCCUUCCGCUCAAAAUAAACUCGCUAUUCCGUUCUGUUCCUUUUCAUCUCCUCAAAUCUUUGAUAUUUCCGGUGGUGUAUUGUCUACGGCUAUGGCGUCUGGUUUGGUCCGACGAGCGAUGACGAGGGUUCCCUCUUCACCGGCGGCGAAGCUUAUUGUGGCAAGGGCACACGCUUCCGAGACCCAAGCCCAGCAGGUGGAGCCCUCAGCGACGGCCACCUCCAACAUGAAGAAGUUCCAAAUUUACCGGUGGAACCCCGACAACCCGCAGAAGCCGAAACUUCAGGAGUACCAGAUUGAUCUCAAGGAGUGCGGCCCCAUGGUUCUGGACGCCCUCAUCAAGAUCAAAAACGAGAUCGACCCGUCCCUCACUUUCCGGAGGUCCUGCCGUGAGGGAAUCUGCGGGUCUUGCGCGAUGAACAUCGACGGCCAGAAUGGGCUCGCUUGCCUGACCAAGAUCGCGUCCGGCCCGGAUUCGAUGGUUACGCCGCUUCCACACAUGUUCGUCAUCAAGGAUCUGGUGGUCGACAUGACUAAUUUCUACAACCAGUACAAGUCGAUCGAGCCGUGGCUGAAGAGGAAGUCCCCGCCCCCUACAGACGGAAAGGAAAUUCCCCAGAGCAAAGCUGAUAGAUCUAAGCUGGAUGGGAUGUACGAGUGCAUUCUCUGUGCCUGCUGUAGCACAUCCUGCCCCAGCUACUGGUGGAAUCCCGAGUCUUAUCUCGGCCCCGCUGCUCUCCUCCAUGCCAACCGAUGGAUCAUGGACAGCCGAGAUGAAUACACAAAAGAGCGUUUGGAGGCAGUUGAUCAUGAAUUCAAGCUCUACCGCUGCCAUACAAUUUUGAACUGUGCCAAAGCUUGCCCGAAGGGGUUGAAUCCUGGGAAGCAAAUUCAGAACAUCAAGGCUUUAGAAGUUAACAGGCGGUUCGUUUGAGUGGCUGUGAUGAUUGAAAGUUCGUGGGUAUGAAGAAGAGUAUAUCCCUUCCCUUUGAUAGAAAUAAUGUAUGCUUGCCAUUGUAAUGUGCAGAGUUCUCAAACAAACACACAAACAAACACAAUGAUGUACUUGACCUUUAGAUGAAAGGUCUUCGCAUCUUUUUUUCAUCUUUAUUUUUUGGUUGCUUUCUUGCAUCUUGUAAACUGUGUUGAGUUAAUUAUGUUGUUUGAUAUAAGUUGAUUUGCAUUCUUCAUAAGUUUUUUUCUUUUUGAGUUAAUUCCCUGUCUAGGUCCCUUAAAUUAUGAAUUAUUACUCAAUUUAGUUGUAGAUUUUCUUUCAGGC